AUGGAGUUGAGUCUUACCCUGCCCGGUGUACUUACUGUUCGUGUCAUCGAGCGAAGCGCUGCGCCACGUAAUGGAAAGCAACGCGUAAUCACGUUUAUCCCCGAUGAAGGCAUUGCCGUUUUCAAGACCAAAGUGCUGCAGUGUUUGAACACCGAUGACACGUGGCGCUAUGCCAAGAUCACAGAAAACAGAGCCAUCUUUAUUACCCCCCCCCCCCCCCCUGUUACCGCCAAUGAGCCCGUGAACCACUAA